CUUGUCCCGCCGUUAUAAAUGAAGUAACCAAAAACCCGAAUAACAUCUUCACGCUUCAUCUUCCUCUUUCGCUUUCAGUUCUACGAGAUCUGAAAUCUCCGACUCUUCCUCUCUGAUUCCUUUUCCGCGGAGCGAGAGGUAAGAUAUGGAUGUCACUGUAGCUCCAUUGCAGCACUGUAAAAUUCUUCACCUGGUGAGGCAUGCCCAAGGAGUUCACAAUGUUGCAGGAGAAAAGGACCAUGAUGCCUUAAUGUCUCCCACACUUUUUGAUGCUCAACUCUCUCCACUUGGCUGGCAACAGGUUUCCAAUCUGCGCGAGCAAGUUCUGGAAAGUGGACUAUUAAAGAGGAUUGAGUUGAUUGUAACUUCCCCUUUGUUGAGGACCAUGCAAACAGCAGUUGGAGUUUUUGGUGGUAAGAGCCAAACAGAAGGGCUUGAUUUACCUCCCCUGAUGGAAGCAAAUGUUGGAGGCAGUGGUCUUCCUGCAAUAUCAAGUUCUGAUUGUCCUCCAUUUAUAGCAGUAGAGCUUUGUCGAGAACGUUUGGGACUCCAUCCAUGUGAUAAGAGGAGAAGCAUCAGCGAGUCUCGGCCUCUUUUUCCUGCAAUUGAUUUUUCAUUGAUAGAAAGUGAUGAAGACAAGUUGUGGCAGGCUGACGUAAGAGAGAGCUUUGAAGACAUUAUUGGCAGGGGAAUGAAGUUUUUGAGCUGGUUAAGGACACGGAAAGAGACAGAAAUAGCAGUUGUCUCUCACAGUGUAUUCUUGCAUCAAAUGCUAAACGCGCUUGGAAAUGACUGCCAUCCAUCAGCGAAGGAUGAAAUAUGCAAGAAGUUUGACAAUGGUGAACUUCGUUCCGUGAUGAUAUUCGAUAAAGGUGAGCACCAUUCUGUAUUAAAGACUAAUCUCAAUGCACGCUUCAAUCUCUAGAUGCAAGUAUGCAACAUUUGCAGUGUAAGCAGAUUCCUCGACCCCUAAUCCUGAAGUGAUAGCCCUUUUGGCUUCAUUGUAGUGGCCUGCCCGAUUUAUAACACAUUGAAUUAUUUAAAUAUUUUCAUAGGGUAAAAGAUAUCACAAAGAAAGGUGGCGCAAUGGUUAAUACACAGGUUUAUAUAAUGAAGUAGUCUCUUGUUCAAUACCUUUUGUCAAUAUGAAAAUUUCAAUAUUUUCUUAAAA